CAAACAUGUACCUCUUAGUGUGUAAUUAUUUAACUGAUCGAUUCUUCGUAUAAUUAUUCUUAAAUAUCUCUUAGCAUGUGUUGACUUGAAUGGUAAAUAGCUGGCUAGCUUGAAAACGCGCCUUUUGUGCCUGACAUCUUGUAGCAGCUAGAUAACAUUUAGCCUGCUGGCUAACAGGCUGGCAGUUCGUGUAUCCGUGCAGAAAUGUGAUGGCAUUAACUAGCUAGCCGAAUCUUACAAGCUAGCUAACUUGCUGUAUUGCAGUCGCUAGCUAGCUAGCAAAUGUGCUACAAAGCUAACUAGCUAAUCACGUCAUAUUUUAAAGACAAGGGGCAUGGUCACACGGCGAAAAAGGGUGAAGUCGGCAACAUAUCUCAGCCCCACCGCAACAUAUCUGCUGGAUGUGCAGACGCCCAGUCAAAAUCAAAAUGUCAUCACGUCGUCCUGUCCUGGCUGCAUUUCCUCUAGUUUGAGGCCACGUUAAAAAAGGGAGGAGGGAGAGGGACGCCGGUACUGCAUUCAGAGUCAUGAAUCUACAUCAAGUCCUCACAGGAGCUGUCAACCCGGGAGAUAACUGUUUCGCUGUAGGAAACAUAAAUGACGAGCCUUUCACGGCCUAUGCGUCUGGCUGUGACAUCGUGAUCCUGGGCAGUGAUUUUGAGAGGCUGCAGAUCAUUCCAGGGACGAAGCAUGGUAAUAUCCAGGUGGGCUGUGUGGACUGCUCUCUGCAGGGGGGUCAGGUGGCAGCCUCCUAUGGGAACGUCGUAUGUGUGUUUGAACCCGUUCCUCUCUUGAAUCAGAAGGAAAAGGCUUCAACAAAACUUAACUACCAGUGGCAGAAAAGUGGACAGUUUGUUUUGCAGUCAGUAGCGCACAACCUAGCAUGGGACCCCACAGGAACACGCCUUUUAACUGGGUCCACAAGCCUGCAGCUGUGGUCCAACCUCCGCUCCAACUCGGAGCCAGAGGAAGAGCAGGUGGAAAUGACUAUCGGAGCCCACCUGUCUGCAUGGAGGUGUAUCUGGGAAUGCAAAACAGCGUCUUCAGUUCAUCUGAUGAAGUUCUCGCCAGGCGGGGAGUUCUUCGCCACAGCCGGGCACGAGGACUGCCUGGUGAAGGUGUGGUACAGCACCAGCCGGUGGCAGUCGGGGGUGAACGCACUGUUCACCCCACUGGAGCAGUCGUCCCAGGGGGAGCUGGACUUCUCCUUCGUCUACCUGGCCCACCCGCGCUCCGUCACCGGCUUCUCCUGGCGGAAGACUAGCAAGUUCAUGCCAAGGGGCUCGGUGUGCAACGUGCUGCUGACCUGCUGCAAGGACAGUGUGUGCCGGCUGUGGGCGGAGACCCUCCUCCCGAGCGACAGCCUGCUGUCCGGCUACAGCCGCAGCCACGGCAACGCCCAGGGCGGGGAGGCGCUCCGGGCGGCGAGCAACGGCAAGAGGCCUUCCCCCGGCAUCCGCACGCAGGGCCGGAACCCCGCGGAGCUGAACCUGAAGGACGCGUGGAAAGGGCCGGCGCGCCAUUUGGCCCAGCCGUCGCACACCGGCUUCCUCCCGCACCAGCAGGACCGGCACCACGCCCACCGGGUCAACGCUGCCCCGCACGCCAACGCACUGUGCCACUUUCACAUCGCCGCCAGCAUCAACCCAGCUACAGACAUCCCCCUCCUCCCCUCCAUCUCCUCGCUGAGCGCGUCGGACGACGAGGAGCCGGGCGGACCCUUCACCGUCCACUGGCUCAACAACAAGGAGCUGCACCUGACGCUGGCCAUGGAGGUGUUCCUGCAGCAGCUGAGGGGCAGCCUGGAGCCGCAAAGCCCCGAGCCGGCCGCCCAGUCCGACGAGGAAACCGGCUGCGACGAGGAGGACCCAGCGCCCUCUCUUAGGAAGCGGCCGGGAGGGGGUGGGGUGGAGCCGGGCGGGGUCCCGCUGCCGGCGGCCGCCGUGGAGCACCAGGUGGAGGUGCUGCUGGAGGACUGGAACAAGGGCGCCGACAUGCUCUUCAGCAUCCACCCCAUGGAUGGCUCCCUGCUGGUGUGGCACGUGGACUGGCUGGACGAGUACCAGCCCGGAAUGUUCCGCCAGGUGCAGGUCUCCUUCGUGUCCCGGAUCCCCGUGGCGUUCCCGACGGGCGACGCCAACUCUCUGAGCCGCAGCGUGGUGAUGUACGCCUGCAACAAGAACGUGGACCUGGCCAUCCAGCAGGGCCGGCAGAGGCCCGCGGGUCUGCCGCACUCGUCCUCUGCGCUGAUCGGCUUCGGGCCCGGCAAGGCGGCCCCCGGCAGCAUGCGCCUCAGCAUCUUCACGCCCAACGUGCUGAUGAUCUCCAAGCACGCCGACGGCUCGCUCAACCAGUGGGCCGUCAGCUUCGCCGAGGAGUCGGCCUUCUCCACCGUGCUGAGCGUCUCGCACAAGUCGCGCUACUGCGGCCACCGCUUCCACCUCAACGACCUGGCGUGCCACUCGCUGCUGCCGCUGCUGCUCACCACGUCGCACCACAACGCGCUGCGCACGCCCGACGCCGACGUCGCCCGCUCCGCCGCCGCCUCGGCCGCCCCCGCCGCCGGGCCCCUCCCGGGCCGCCCGGGCAGGGUCUCGCUGGGCGCCAUGUCCCAGGACCCCAACGCCGUGUACAGCGAGCUCAUCCUGUGGAGGGUGGACCCCGUGGGGCCGCUGUCCUUCUCCGGGGGCGUGUCGGAGCUGGCCAGGAUCAACUCCCUGCACGCCUCGGCCUUCUCCAACGUGGCCUGGCUUCCCGUGCUCAUCCCCAGCACCUGCCUGGGUGUCUAUGGCAACUCGCCAAGUGCCUGCUUCGUGGCAAGUGACGGUCACUCGCUGAGGUUGUACCAGGCUGUCAUUGAGGCCAAGAAACUGCUGAGCGAGCUCUCCAACCCUGAAAUCUCAAAAUAUGUUGGAGAGGUCUUUAAUAUCAUCAGUCAACAAUCAACUGCAAAACCAGGCUGUAUCAUUGAGCUGGAUGCCAUCACAGACUUUCACGGGAAGGAGACCCAGCUGCUGCACGUGUUCGAGGAGGACCUGAUCCUGGGCAGCGAGAGGGACCCCGCGCAGGAAGCACCUGCGGAAGAGACCGCCCAGGGCCAGCAGGGCUUCUCGGCCCGCUUCUUCCUGGUGGUGGUGGAGUGCACGCCGAACGGGAGGUCCCUCCUUCACAUGUGGCACCUGCAGCUGGCUGCCCUCCAGAUCACAGUGGAUGAGACCCCGACCCCGUCCGACAGCGGGGGCGCGUCGCAGGAGGGCUCGCGGUUCGGCUUCUCGCCGGAGUCGCCGGGCACGCCGAGCCCGCAGAGGCCCCGCCCGCGCACCUCCAACCUGCAGAGCGCGCGGCGCCUCACGCUGGCCACGCGCAGGGCCUACAGCCGGGAGCUGCCGCUGCCCGACGGCGUGGAGGUCAUCCGCGCCACCCCGGCGGCAGGGCACCUGAGCUCGUCCUCCCUGCAGCCGGCGGGCCGGGCCCCGUACCUCCUGGCCACGUCCUGCUCUGACGGGAGGGUGAGGUUCUGGAGGUGCUGCUCCACGGCGGGGGAGGAGACCGCGGGAGAGCCCGGCUACGCGUGGGAGGAGUGGCCGCUGCUGGUGGAGGAGGGCCUGCCGGGCAGCAGCGCCGUCAGCGUGCCGGGCCGGCCGGUGGAGGUCAGCUGCUGCCACACCAGCCGCGUGGCCGUGGCCUACCGGCAGGAGCGCCCCCGCCAGGAGCCCUGCACGCGCGUCAGCAUAUUCCAGUGCGAGUCCACCGGUGGCUCCCAGUGGGUGCUGGAGCAGACGCUGAGCCUGGACGAGGCGGGCCCCGCCCGCCGCUGCCCGGGGGCCGGCCCUGACGAGCGCAGUGAGCCCGCCGCCAGGUGCCCCGUCCACCUGGACUGGGUCUCGCGGGAGGACGGCUCCCACAUCCUGACGGUGGGCGUGGGCUCCAAGCUCCAGAUGUACGGGCCGCUGUCGGGGCGGCCGGGCGAGCUGGGCGUCUGCGACGGCUCCCGGGAGCGCCACUCGUCCCGCCUGGUCCCGCUGCGCUCGGUGGACCUGGUGUCGUCUGUGGAGGGCGCCCUGCCCGUCCCCGUGUCCCUGUCCUGGGUGCGGGACGGCAUCCUGGUGGUGGGCAUGGACUGUGAGAUGCACGUCUACUCCCAGUGGCAGCCGGCGGCGGGCAAGGCCAAAACGGGCACGGCGGCCGACUCCGACGCCGCCGGCGCUCCGUCCCUGCCCGCCGCCCUCAGACAGGCCCAGCAGGACGGCGCCCUCCCCCCGCCGCCCAGAAAGACGCUGACGCGCUCCAUGACCAGCCUGGCGCAGAAGCUGAGCGGCAAGCGCACGGCCUACGACCUGCCCGCCGAGAUGGAGGACUCGGGGCUGUUCGAGGCGGCGCACCACCUCUUCCCCACCCUGCCGCAGUACCACCCCGUGCAGCUGAUAGAGCUGAUGGACCUGGGCAAGGUGCGGCGCGCCAAGGCCAUCCUGUCGCACCUGGUGAAGUGCAUCGCGGGCGAGGUGGUGGCCCUGCGGGACAGCGGCGCGGCAGCCGGCGGCGGCCAGGAGCGCAGGCUCCGCUCCCUCACCAUCAGCGCCAGCGGCAGCACGGCGCGCGACCCCAAGCUCUUCAGCAAGGCCGAGGCGUCCGACUACACCGAGAUCGACUCCAUCCCGCCGCUGCCCCUCUACGCCCUGCUGGCGGCCGACGAGGACGCCCCGCCCGCGGCCAAGGACAAGGCGGCCAGCGUAGGCGGGGACAGCGGGCGCGGCUCGUGCCAGACCGACGCCUACGACGAGCUCUUCCAGGCGGCCGCCCCCGGCCCCGGAGAGGUCGACCCCCUGGACAGCGACCAGGAGGACGAGGCGCCCAAGGUCAUCGACCUGUCCCAGUACAGCCCCACGUUCUUCGGGCCCGACCACGCCCAGGUCCUCUCCAGCCACCUGCUGCACUCCAGCUUGCCGGGCCUGACCCGCAUGGAGCAGAUGUCCCUGAUGGCCCUGGCCGAUACCAUCGCCACCACCAGCACGGACAUCGGGGAGAGCCAAGGCAAAAGCCAAGGUGGAGAGACCCUGGAUGAGUGUGGCCUGAAGUUCCUCCUCGCUGUGCGCCUCCACACCUUCCUGUUGACCUCUCUGCCCCCGGCCCACCGAGCCCAGCUGCUCCGCCAGGGGCUGUCCACCUGCCACUUCGCCUGGGCCUUCCACUCGGAGGCGGAGGAGGAGCUGCUCAACAUGCUGCCCGCCCUGCAGAAGGGUGACCCCACCUGGGCCGAGCUGCGCGCCAUGGGGCUGGGCUGGUGGCUGCGCAGCACCAACAAGCUGCGCAGGUGCAUCGAGAAGGUCGCGAAAGCAGCUUUUCAGAGAAACAACGAUCCCCUGGACGCAGCCAUCUUCUACCUUGCCAUGAAGAAGAAAGCGGUGGUGUGGGGGCUGUACAGGGCCCAGAAGAACGUGAAGAUGACGGCGUUUUUCAACAACAACUUCAGCGAGGACCGGUGGAGGAGGGCGGCGCUGAAGAACGCCUUCUCCCUGCUGGGCAAGCAGCGCUUCCAGCACUCAGCGGCCUUCUUCCUGCUGGCCGGCUCCCUGAAGGACGCCGUGGAGGUUUGCUUAGAGAAGAUGCAGGACCUCCAGCUGGCCCUGGUGAUCUCCCGGCUGUACGAGUCGGAGUUCGAGACGUCCUCCACCUACAAGCACAUCCUGCAGAGGCAGGUGCUGGGCCAUGACACGCCCGCCCACCAGGACCCCUUCCUGCGCAGCAUGGCCUACUGGAUCCUGGAGGACUACAGCCGGGCCCUGGACACCCUGCUGGAACAGCCCAGCGCCAGCCCGGACUCUGCCGGCCACUCUCAGGGCGCUGCGGACACGUCCCCUUGUCAGCCCGAGGUGUUCAACUUCUACACCUACCUCCGCACCCACCCCCUGCUACUGCGCCGCCACUUCGGCUCCUCGGAGAGAGCAUCCGCCAAAGUGGGCCUGACCCCCGAGAGCCGGCACCUGGCCGACUCCAUCAGCCUGGUGGAGCGGAGGCUGUUCUUCACGGCCGCCUACGCCCACCUCCAGGCCGGCUGCCCCAUGCUGUCCCUCGAGGUGCUCUCCAAAAUGCCCAAGGUGGUCAAGAGGUCCAGGCCGCGGGCGCCGAGCCGGGGGGACGCCACCGCGCCCCCCAGCCCUUCCAAGGAGGCCAGGGCGGACAGGGCGGCCGACUUGGACUGGUCGCAGCCGGUGGUGAACGGGUACGAGUCGGCCUGCGACAGCCUCUCCAACAGCCAGUCGGACUCGGUGCUGAGCUUCGACUGGAGCCAGCCCUCCGUGGUGGUGCCGGACGAGCCCCUGGAGCUCAAGUGGGACAGCGACAAGGAGGACUCGGAGGACGAGGAGUCGGGCCUGGCCAUGCGCGCCGUCGGCGCCGGGAGCAACGGCGUCUUCGCCGACACCCCCGACGCCACCUCGGCCCCGACGGAGAGCCCCAGCUCGGUGGGGGAGGAGCCUGUCCUCGACCCCUCGGAGGACAUCCUCACGGCGCAGCUCAAGUUCCGCGCCUGCCUGAAGAUCCUGACGGCCGAGCUGCGCACGCUGUCCACGGGCUACGAGCUGGACGGGGGCAAGCUCCGCCACCAGCUCUGCCACUGGCUGGAGAGGGAGGUGGCGGCGCUGCAGAGGAGCUGCAGCUACAACCCAGGCCUGCAGGGGGCGGCGGAGGGCGCCGCGGGGGAGGCGGGCGCCGGGAGGCCGGCGGGGGCGGACCCGGCGGAGCCGGUGGGGGCGGCGGCCCCGCUGGAGUGGCGGCGCAGCCGAAGGCAGUGGCUGCGCAGGAACCAGCCGCUGCUGCGCAUGUUCCUCAGCUACUGCAGCCUGCACGGCUCCCACGGCGGCGGCCUGGCCUCUGUGCGCAUGGAGCUCAUCUUGCUGCUGCAGGAGUCACAGCAGGACGACGGUGCCGUCGGCCCCUCCCAGCAGCAGCACCAGGCCUCCAUCCCACUCCUUCUGGCCUCCACGGCCAGCGCCAAGACGGUGGUGGCCAACCCCAUCGUCCACCUCACCAACCUCGCCCACGACAUCCUGCACACCAUCAACGCCCUGGACUCCCCCCCGCACCCCGACGUCGUCAACAACAAGAUCUACGUGAUGCACACCUUGGCCGCCUCUCUGUCAGCAUGCAUCUACCAGUGUCUGUGCGAUGGCCACAACUACAGUCAUGUGAACCAGUUCACGGGGAUCGUCUACCAGAGCUUCCUGCUCUCACAGCAGCAUCCUGGGAGAACCAUCAGCAUGGAGGAGACUGUCCUGCCCAACACCUCCCCAGCACAGUGGCCAGGUAUCGGGGCGCUGAUCCGCCUCCUGAACUCGGCGGGAGAGGAGAACCAGCCGGGCCUGACGGUGCUGCUGUGCGAGAUCCUGACGGCAGUCUUCCUCAGCCUCUUCGUGCACGGCCUGGCCACCCACUCCAGCAACGAGCUCUUCCGGAUCGUGGCCCACCCGCUCAACAGCAAGCUCUGGGUGGCAGUGUUCGGAGGAGGCGCGCGCGUACCCAUCGUGGAGAGGCCCAGCCCAGUGAAGCAGCCCUCAGUGUCCUCCAUCAGCGACGAGACGGACAGGAGGCACAAACGCUUCAGGCUGCUGUCGUCCCGGAGCAACUCCAGAGAGGGCCCGCAGACCCCGCCCAGCCCGGUCGUGGAGCAGGAGACGUCCAUCUUCAAGGAGGAGUUUGUCCCCCCGGAGCUCAGCAUCUGGGACUACUUCAUCGCCAAGCCUUUCCUGCCGCCCUCCGAGAGCAGGGUGGAGUACGAUUCGGAGGAGAGCCAGGGCAGCCAGGACGAGGACGAGGACGAGUACGGGGACGUGUUCGAGUCGGACGCGCCUCUCCGAGAGCACGCCAACCCCAGCUCUUACAGCUGGUGUAUGAUGCGCCUGGCCAUGGUCCAGAUGGUGCUGGUCAACCUGAAGACUUUCUACCCCAUGGCAGGUCAUGACCUCUUAGACCUCCCGGUGGGCUCCCCGCUCUGCCACGCGGUGCUGAAGACCCUCCAGCGCUGGGAGCAGGUGCUGCUGAAGAGGCUGGAGAUCUUCGGGGGCCCGCCACCCAAGUACAUCUCCACGCACCCCCUGGACGACACCCUGGCGGCCGGCCCCGCCCUCCUCCGGCACAAGGCCCUGUUUGAGCCGUCCAACACGCCUUUCAGGUCCAACCACCACUCAGCUCUGCCCGUUAAAAGGCUGUGGCAGUACCUGGUCAAGCAGGAGGCGGUCCAGGAGACGUUCAUCCGCAACAUCUUCACCAAGAAGCGGGACCAAAACGAGUCGGUAGAGGACCGCAAUGAAAAUGUCAAAUGUUCUGUGACGGAGGAUCCUAGCUUCAACCAGAUAGAGGCAGAUCUGGGAUACCCGGGAGGAAAGGCCCGAAUCAUCCACAAAGAAUCCGACAUAAUCACUGCCUUUGCCAUCAACAAGGCUAAUCGCAAUUGUCUAGUGAUCGCUUCAACCCACGACAUCCAAGAGCUGGACGUGUCCUCCAUCUUGGCUACUCAGAUACUGACGUGGAUCGACGACGACGUGGACUCCGAAGUCAAAGGGGCUGACGACUUCCUGGUGAUCCACGCGCGGGAUGACUUCAGCAGCCUGCACGGCACCACCCCCUACACCCACAGCAGUCCCGGCACGCCAAUCAACAUGCCCUGGCUGGGCAGUCUGCAGACGGGGCGGGGCGCAGCUGUGCUAAUCAAACGAAACCUAAACAAUGUGAGAAGGAUGACCUCCCACCCAACUUUACCAUACUACCUGACGGGCGCCCAGGACGGCAGCGUGCGCAUGUUUGAGUGGGGCCACUCCCAGCAGAUCAUCUGCUACAGGAGUCCGGGCAACUCCAGGGUCACCCGCAUCCGCUUCAACUACCAGGGCAACAAGUUCGGCAUCGUCGACGCAGACGGAGCCCUGAGCCUGUGGCAGACCAACACGACCGGAAACACUCCCAAGCCCUACCUGACUCUGCAGUGCCACAAUAAGACGGCGCACGACUUUGUCUUCGUGGGCUCGUCCUCCCUCAUCGCCACGGCGGGGCUGUCGACUGACAACAGGAAUGUGUGUCUGUGGGAUACGCUGGUGACGCCGGCUAACAGUCUAGUCCACGCGUUCAGCUGCCACGAGUCGGGCGCCACGGUGCUGGCGCUGGCCUCCCGGCAGCAGCUGCUCAUCUCCGGCGGGCGCAAGGGCUGGAUCAGCGUGCUGGACCUGACGCAGCGGCACCAGCGGCAGAGCUUCCAGGCCCACGACUCGCCCGUCAAGGCGCUGGCCGUUGACCCCACCGAGGGCUGCUUCAUCAGCGGCUCCGCCGAGGGCAACAUCAAGAUCUGGAGCCUGUCCACGCAGUACCUGCUGCACAGCUUCCCCAGCGAGCAUGCGCGCCAGUCCCUCUUCAGGAACCUGGGCACGGGCGUCAUGCAGAUCGAGGCGGGCCCCGCCAACCACAUCUUCUCCUGCGGCGCCGACGGCACCAUGAAGAUGCGGGUGCUGCCCGACCGCUUCAGCGUCAGCAACUGGAAGAACGACGUCAAGUUCAUCCUAUAGCGCAGGGGGUUCGGCCCGGCCGCGCUCCCCCCCCCCCCCCCCGCGGCGCUCCGCCUCAGCACAGCCCACGGAAACACGGAGGGGCGGAGCUACCGCUUCAGCACAGCCAACGGAAACGUGAAGGGGCGGAGCUACCGCCUUCAACACAGCCAACGGAAAACACAAAGGGGCGGGGCAACCCCUUUGGCACAGCAACCAGAAAAACAAAAGGGGCAGGGUAACCGCUUCAGCACAGCCAGUGGCAAAUUCUGAGAUUCUUGAGUCACUGCCUACACAUUGUUACUGACAUUUAUUGAGGAAGCAAUCAUAUCCCCCCCCCCAGAGCUUUGCGCCUUAAGAUUGUUCUCCCUGUUGGGAAAUUUACAAAAAAGGUAUAUCCAGUUUAUGGUUUUUAUUUGAGGAGCACCGGGGCCCUGUGUUUUGUUUUACUUUUUUUAUUAUAUAAAUCUCUCUCCCACAAUCCCCUGCAGGUUAAAAGGAGACAAAGCAAUAAAGCCACUUGAUGAUGCGCUGAAGCACACCCUUGAGCCAUAACAACCAAAUAAUUAUGUACAUACUCUCAAAGGAAGUCUGUCUGACGGUCAUUGUAUGAAGUGCGCACCGAAACCAGGAAGCUGACCCUUCAGCGUCCAGAAGUGCAUUGACACAUUCAGGCCUCACUGUGUAGUAUUAUUAUGGUGGUGUGCAUUGUGGUUUAACCUUCCUGUGGGGAAGGAGGUGGUGGAAGUAACACCUUAGGCUGUACAGUAGUGUGGUACACUUAUAAAAUUAUAGAACCUCUGAAUGCCUACCCAGUCCUAGCACAAGAGUACCCUUGCACUGUUGUCACAAACUGUACAUUUGCCGUGUUCCACAGGGUAAAGCUGGAGGGUUCGAUGCCUACUGUAAAUAGUACGUUACAGAGAGGAAGUUGAUUAACUGCUUUAUUAGGUAUUAAUAAACUGCUCUAUUAGAUAAUAAUGUAUUAGUAAGGUAAAAGUUCAUGAUGAACAUUUUGUGAAAUAUAAUAUUUAUGAAUAGUGUGUUUGUGUAGCAAAAAAAACUGGAUUAAAACAGGUAGUUCUGGGGACUCGGCAUGCUUAAGCCUCCUGUGUUAAUCGACUCGGGAGGUGGUUUUCUUUUCUUGUGUCAAAUUCUAUUACAAUGACGUCAGUCUAUCAGACAAAUGUGACUUUCUAUCGCAGAGGAUUUUCAAACGGUAAGUGUAUUCAGACAAAAAAAAUCUCUAAAACAAAAUUCAUCAUCCAUUUUAUGCAUAGGUUGCCAUAAACAGAAAUCUCUGAUUUUUGUAGUUGCUUUGUUAUAAUUUCACAAAUGUGUAUUUCACUGCAGACUUCAAUAAUACUUUGACAUCUUUAGCCAAGAAAUAUUACUGACUUAUGCCUGGGGGGGGUGUGGGUGUGGGGGGG